UGGUAUUUCAAGCAGUUCCAUGGAACCAAUUACAUCAGAGAUGAAAAAUCCCUGGAAUUUCAAUGAGUUAAUCAAUAUAUUCACAUCCCUGAAUGAUACAGACGUUCAGUUGUAUUCACUAAAAGAUUAUUCAAAAGUACGCGAAAUAUCUGAACAAUUUUACCUAAUUCUAUUUUUUAUAUCAAUCGGAUAUACAAUUAUAAUUGCAUUUCUUACAUGUAAACAUAAAAAACCUACAGAUCAUCAUCAUCAUAAUCAUACUACUGUACAACCUGUUACUAGUAGUAAAUAUCACAAUAAACAAAAAAGUUAUUUUGUUAGAUUUGCAACUCCCUGUCUAAACUAUUUAUCUAAUUAUCCUGGAUUACCGAAUCCACUGGAUUUCGUCGUCUACAAGCGUAUCCCCUACAUUUAUACUUCAGCUUAUAUGUGUGCAUUUGUUCUGAUCAGUGGAAUUUUCACAGACAAUUAUCAUAUCAGACAAGUCUACUUGAAUGCUCCACUAUGGAUGAUUGUCAUCUACAAAAUCUUUGUGAUAUGCUUUCUUUCAAUCACACUACUCCCGGUGUUUUUAAGUAUCACCUACGGUGGUCUAUUCGCUUGGAUAUCUGGACUAGUCUAUUGCCUAUUGAAUUUAGCCUUCCUACUGAUGUCUGUUGUUAAAAUCCUUACGAAUGAUAGUUAUCAAACACUAUCUCGUGUCUCAAUGUUAUUACCAACACUACUGGCUUACCUGAUUCUGUGUAAUUAUUUUCUCUAUCAAAUUAUUUACAAUUUUAAACAUUUACGCAGACAUGUGUUUAAAUCAUUCCCGCCAAAUUCAAACUCUUAUGUACAAUUUGUUAUGACAUAUGUACAGAAUAAAUUUAGUACAAAGCCUAAACGACACUGUAUAUAUCAGUGUAAAGAUCAGGUCAAUCAUCUCGGCAGGAUAGAUUCGAAUUUCUCGUGUAACUCUACACAACCAACAAUCCCUGAUAAUACUAAUAACUUUCAUGUUGUUCGUAGUAGUAGUACAAAGCUCAUUGAUCAUUUAACUGUUGAAUUAUUGAAACUGCCGCGUUGUUUGUACAAUUUCUGUUAUCCAACUGGUUUAAUAUGGAGUAUGGGUGUUAGUAUUAUGCUCCAUUAUUUUCUCACUAUCCAGUCAAUAUCCUAUAUGAUGAAUUUAAGAGUACUUGGCAAGAAGUAUAUUGAAACAUUGUACCCGUCGAUGAGAAUGUCAUUAAAACAGAAUUUGUGCUUUUCAAAUGUUAAAUUUAUAUUUAGUUUAUUCAAUUAUAGUACCAAUGUCACAUCAUCAUCACCAUCAUCAGCGUCACAUUCGCCGUCUUCACCAGCAUCCAGAAGUCCAGUGAAUCGUAGCCACCUGGAGUAUGCCUUCAUUUAUUAUUGUAUCGAUUUAGUAUGGAUAAUCUUUUUGAUGAGUAUCGCCAUGGCUUUUAUUGUUAACAUGUAUAAUAUUUGUAAGAUUCUCUUGCAUUAUCACGAUUUAUCUCUGUCAAUUUAUGCUAAAGGCUUUUCAUGUCUACCUGAGAUUGAAAAGUGUAUGAAUCCCGUACAGAUCACCUAUGGAUGCAUAGUAUUUCCAAGUUAUCAGGUUGCUGCACUAGUCUGUGGCUUUUAUCUACAAAUAAUCAUCUACUUCCUGGUCAUAUUAUCCAUAUUCUCGCUGAUUUUAUUCAAUCUCUUCACACCAUACACCUUCUUGAUUGAAAUAUUAUCGCAUUGGUGGCCGGAGAUAAUUAUUAUCUGUGCAUCUGCAAUUAUUCAAAGACUAGUUAUCCAAUAUGUGUAUACACAGAGUAAUGGUCAAGCGGUUGGCUUUAGAAAUCUACGCUCCUUGCAUCAAUUUAUGUACAUAUCUAGUUUUUAUAAUAUAUUCUAUGGGAUAAUUAGUAGCCUGUGUCGAAUCCUACUGUAUCCGUUGAGUAGUGCAGUGAAUUUAGCUCGACUAGAUGUCGCCUCACUGACAACAACAACACCCCAAUGUGCAGAUACCGGGUAUAUGGCAUUUCUUGGAUUCCUGUAUGCUGAUGUUAUGCACUUUAAUCCAUGCCUACGUGUAUUUAUUUGGAUAGUAAUGGAUGCAUGUUUAAGGCAUAGACGUUUCACACUACAAUCCAGUCGGCAAUACGAUACAGCUUUAUUAAUGGAACUUGAAAGUUUUCGUAAGUAUUUGAAAUUGAAUCAACUGUCCUAUUCUUCACCGCAUAGUUAUUCAACAAGUUGGCAAACGAUAGCCUACACUUCAAGUGGUAAUCGAAGGCUUUUAUACAAGCAAAGAGGUGUAUCUGUACCUGUGGAUAGUAAGUUGAAUGUGUAUUAUUGCUGCUGUUUACAUGAGAUGAGUGAAUUGAAGGCAUGCAGUGUGAUGGAUGCGCACAGAAGAAGAAGAAGAACACUAAUGCGUAAUCGUUGGUUUCUAUAUUAUACACUUGUACGUAAUCCUCAACUUUGUUUACACAGAAGAAUGGAUCCAACUUGA